UUUUCGCGUGCCGUCCAUCGAUUAAACCCGUUCCGUCCCCCGGCACCACCCACGUGGGUCGUUGAUAAAACGAAGAAAAAGAAGAGGACUCCGAAGACCCCGUAAUUAGUCGUCACCUGCAGUAUACUACAGUGCCAAGUGCCGAGAAGAAACCAAGGGGUGGAGUGAUAUUGCGGAAGUUGGUGUGUGUUAGUGAUUUGGCGUGACGAAAUCAUUGUAAAAGUGUGAUAACAGCAUCGACUGUUACCGGAAAGUUGCAGUGAUGGGAAUGAAAUUUGUGACCCUGCUCCUCCCGCUGGCUCUUCUGGCAACGGCAGCCAUGGCCAUUACGACGUCCCCCGUGCGGGACCUUCAGGGUGACGGCAACAGUGCUGCCAGCCGCAAGGACAAACGUGGCAUCUUGGGCCUUGGCGGGUACGCCGCUCCGGCCCCCAUUUACGGACCUGCCUUCGGCCACGGUCACUUCCACGUGGCCCCUGCCGCACCAGCUCCCCUCCCGGUGGGUGGUCACUUUGACGUUCCAGUUGCGGCGGCCCCAGUUCCGGCACCCCUGCCCCUGUCCGGUCCCGACGGAGUGGUGGUCGCCGCUGGACCCGGACCGGGCCCGUUUCCCUUCCUGGGGGCUCACGCCCACACGCACACCGUCGUCACGAAAAAGGUCGGCAUUCCGAUUCCCCAGCCGUACGCCGUUCCGGUCGACAGGCCCUACCCGGUGCCGGUCAAGGUCCACGUGCCCAUCCCGGUUGACCGGCCCUACCCGGUGGCCGUCCCGAAGCCCUUCCCCGUGCCCGUUGACCGGCCCUACCCCGUGCCGGUGGCCCAUCCAGUCCCCGUGCCGGUGAUCAAACACGUCGGCGUUCCGGUGCCCGCGCCCGUGCCGGUGGCCGUUCCCAAGCCGGUUCCGGUGCCGGUGCACACGCCCUACCUCGUCGACCACCACCACGAUCCGUGGGCGGUCGCGCCGAAGCUGUGGUAGAUUCGAACACUGGCCCUUCCUGGCGCGAUGGUGGACAUUGCAUGCUUUCAGGAAAGGUGGUUUUGGUGGUUGGGAUAGGCAAAUUGUUUAGGUUUAGUUGCUCAGUACAAGUCAGACGCGAUUCCAAAGCUCUAGGAAAUAUUUAGCCAUUGUUGAUUGGUAACACUAUUUAUUGUUAAUUAGUU